AUGGUAGAGCGCUACGGCAUUGAGUGGGCGUUCCGCAUCUCAGGCAUUGUCACGGCUUCAGCGGUGCUCCCGGUAUCUCAUCUAUGGGAUGUUCUUGGAUCUCUGAACACCCUCACUGCGUUCAUGUUGAUCAAUUCGCUGAGCACGAUUGCCCUGUGGCCUGCAUUAACAUCUUUGACACCUCUGGCGAUAUUUGCGGUUUUUAGUGGAUUGAAAGGUGGCCAGCUCUUCACUUCAAUGCCUACAAUUGUUGGCAACGUGUUUGGUUUCGUUCGUGUGCCUACUGCUAUGAGUAUAAUGCUUACGGGAUGGAUAGGCGAAUAUCUGUUUGUGAGUGUUCUUGAUCUAGUUCCAGGACAAGAAUGCUGCAUCCAAAGCUAG